GGCUAAUCAGGACCGCUUUUUCCUGAAUGGCUAUUAGCUAAGGUUCGGUAGGUAGCUUUGACAAGGGAAAAGAAUGUGAAGCUAUAAUUGGUCGAAUUUUGCGGACAUCAUACCAAAAGCCCGCCUCAUUCUUGGGAUACUAGAAAAUUAUUGGAUACUGGAUACAGAAAGGAAAACUAGGCAGGGCACAUUUGACAACAGAUAGCCUAUGCUAGCUAAUGUGUUGUCAGAGAACCACAGGCUGUGAAAAUAAGAAUUUCCAGUGAAACUGCACCAUGACGCACAUAAUAACAUAAUAUAAAUAAAAACGAAAACAUUUUGAGAGAGGUUAAUUUUAAAAGAAAGCUCGCUGGGAACAAAUAUUUAACUACAGUACCCACAAUUCAGCUUCAGUACACACGUCUACAUCAGACGUCAAAGUCACAACAAGGAAGUGAAUGCUCAUGGUGCCUGAAUUUCUUGAACUAAUCUUCUUAAAAGACGGACAGUUGGUUUAUAAAGCAGGCACUUAAAGAUUACGUGGAUCUUGUUUCGUACAACAAAGCCUUAAUCUGUCGGGUUCUCUGUAUAUAUAAUUGGUCAUUUACGAAGAUAAAAUUGAAGAAUGAAUGUACCUAACAGGUGAAUUGGUGAAAUGGUAGUAGAUAGUUCUGCUCUUCCAUUCAUUCAUCAACGACACAGUCUCCCCCUGUUUUAUGGUCAGAUUUCGCUGACAUCACAAACAGAUACAUGAAAUCUUCCUAUCGUUCAACAAACCAAAGCCCAGUUGUUCUGCAGGCCCAGCGUGGUGUUGACACUCAAAAUGAGGAUGAUCACCUUCUUCCUGGUUGGACUGACAGUCCACGUGGUCUUCUUCCUUUCUAUCUUUGACAUCUACUUCACCUCUCCACUGGUCCAUGGCAUGACACCCCAGGCUACAUCACUGAGACCCCCUGCCUCCAGACUGGUGUUAGUGGUGGCUGAUGGCCUCAGGGCAGACAGUCUCUUUACCCCACUACCCAAUGGCUCAUCCAGGGCCCCAUACCUGAGGAGUGUGAUGGAGGAGAGGGGCACCUGGGGUGUGUCACACACACGUGUGCCCACAGAGUCUCGGCCUGGUCAUGUUGCUCUCAUUGCUGGCUUCUAUGAGGAUGUUAGUGCUGUUUCUAAAGGCUGGAAGGAAAAUCCUGUAGAGUUUGACUCAGUGUUUAAUGAGAGCACACACACCUGGUGCUGGGGCAGCCCUGAUAUUCUGCCUAUGUUUGCCAAAGGUGCCAGUGGAAACCAUGUGUACACCUACACAUACCUAGCAGAGGAGGAGGACUUUGGCUCCACUGAUGCCUCCAGGCUGGACAGCUGGGUGUUCACUGAAGUCAAGUCAUUCUUUCAGUCAGCAAAGUCUAAAUCAAGUCUGAGGGCCAGCUUGCUCGAGGAUAAGAAUGUCUUCUUCCUUCAUCUGCUGGGCAUCGACACAAAUGGACAUGCUCACAGACCAAUGUCACAGGAGUACCUAGACAAUAUUGGUCUAGUAGACACAGGUGUAGCUGAGCUGGUGUCUAUAGUAGAAGAUUUCUUUGGUUAUGAUGACAGAACGGCCUAUGUAUUUACUUCUGAUCAUGGCAUGACAAACUGGGGUUCCCACGGGGCAGGCCAUCCCUCUGAGACACUGACCCCUUUAGUGGUGUGGGGAGCUGGAGUACAUAGUGCCAAGAGAGUCACUGAGCCCCAGCCGUACAAUGAUGGAUACCUACAAGAUUGGAAACUGGAGAACCUCCGUAGGGUUGAUGUCAGUCAGGCUGACAUUGCUCCCCUCAUGGCUUCUCUCAUUGGUGUGCCCAUUCCCGUCAACUCAGUUGGUGUGUUACCUCUUCCCUACCUUAACAACAGUGACCUGUUCAAGGCAGAGAGCAUGUACACUAAUGCUAUUCAAAUACUAGAGCAGUUCAAGAUGAAAAUGACCCAGAAAAAAGAGACAACCUUGUCUAUUCUCUUCACCCCAUACCAACUACUGACUGAGUCAAAACAAGCAGAAUUCAUCCAAAAGGCCAGGAUACUGAUUCAACUGGAGAAGUAUGAGGAUGCUAUCUCUCUGUGCCAGUCUCUCAUAUCCCAUUCCCUCGAGGGCCUGGUUUACUACCACACCUAUGACAGGUUUUUCCUGGGUUGCAGUGUGGUUCUUGGAUUUGUAGGCUGGACCUCAUAUGUUGUCUUAAUCAUACUGAAGACUCAUGCUAGCCUCAACAGACAUCCCAGUAUCCUCAAACAGAUUCCCAGACAUACCCUGGCAAGGCUGUGUAUGUUUGUAACAGUGGUGAUCACUGUGUUCCUGCUUAUCCAAAGGAGCCCUGUUACCUACUAUAUUUACUGCCUGCUACCUGUUCCUGUUUGGUACUCUGUCCUGAAAGAGUCUGGAACUCUAACAGAUUUGAUUCAGUCCGCUCACUCUCUUCCACUGUGGAAAUGUUUUGGCUAUUUUGUGCUGGUGGCAUUUGGAAUCGAGCUACUGGUGGUGAGUUUUUUCUUUCGGGCCAUGCUCACUGUGGGCCUGGCUGUCCUCUCUCUCUGGCCCUUCCUUUCAGGACUUUUUGGCAAGGCCAAGUUCCGUUCAUUGAGCUGGUUUCUGGGCUGUCUGUUUUUGGCUUCUUUCCCCCUGAUGCCUGUUGUUGGUAGAGAGCCUAACAUGCAUCUGGUCACCUGUGCAGGUCUACUUACACUCCUAACUGCAGUCUGUUACCUCUGGUCAUCACGACAGAAAACACCACUGCGCUUUAGUGAAAGACAGCAGUUUGUUGCCCAGAUGCUCCAUGUGGCAGUGUGUACAUACGUGCCAUCCCUCACACACUCCAGUCUGCAGCAAAAACAGGGCCUGCCACUACUUAAUCAGAUCAUCAGCUGGACCACAUUCGGAUCUUCUAUGCUGGUUCCAUUGUUGAGCUCUACACGUCUUUUCCAUCGUCUCCUCAGUAUAUUCCUCUCUCUCACAGCCACAUACCUUCUGCUUAGCACUGGGUCAGAGGCCUUGUUUCUCCCUGUGUUAUCUUGGUUGAUGUUUGUGUGGAUCAACAUUGAACAGGAAGCUAUGCUUGCUCAGGAUGUCUCUGGCAGGCAAGAGCUCUCCACUAUUGAUUUCUCUGCAAACAUUGACAUUGCCAAGAUUCGACAACUGAAGUUGGAUGACAUCAGAAGAUCUUAUUUUUUUGUAUUUUUUAUAAUAACAGCUUUCUUCGGCACAGGGAACAUAGCUUCCAUUAACAGUUUUGACCCAGCAUCGGUUUAUUGUUUCCUGACUGUCUUCAACCCCUUCAUCAUGGGAGGGCUGAUGAUGUGGAAGAUUAUCAUUCCAUUCAUAAUAGUAAUGUGUACAUUUGAGACCAUCCAAGUUGCAACACAGCUUUCAUCAAGAAGUUUGUUUCUCAUAGUCCUGGUCAUCUCUGACUUGAUGGCUCUGGUAAGGCAUUUGUUGUCACUUUUAAAGCACUUUUUCUUCCUGGUGCAGGACUACGGCAGCUGGUUGGACAUUGGCACAAGCAUUAGCCACUAUGUGAUAGUGAUGUCAAUGACCAUCUUCCUGAUGUUGCUAAGUGUGGUCACACAUAUACUCACCUCACAGAGACUUAUCCUGUGGAGGAGACCCAAGUUGCACUUCCCCUAAAUAAACAUGUGCUUGAAUGUGCAUUUAUAUUCACACAUGCUGGUUAAACCAAAUGUUUAGUAUUUAUUUGAAUUUUUUUAAGAUACUUUUCAUUUAGCUUUUGUUUUAUUAAACCAGAGUUUGUUUACAUAAGAUGUGGGAUAUUGUUUUAGCACUCAGCAUACUAUAUAGUACUGUGCAAAAUGUUAGAUGCUUAAAUCCUCCUCUCAGAACUGCUUAAAGAAUUUACCACAUGACUACAUGUGAAAAUGACAUGACAGCCAACCACAGUGAAUUACUUCAGGUAUACAUUCUGAGUUGAAAAUACUGUUUUCUUCUUAAAAGUUGUUGUCCAACUCGUUUUAAUGUUUGUUUCUACUUCAAUGUUACAAUGUGAUUUCAAGUAAUACAUAAUUUUAAAGUAAUCGAUAGUUGUAAUGUAACAUUUGCUAGAGUGGCCUAAGACUUUUGGACAGUGCUGUUUGCAUUGUAUUCUUUUAUUAACUCAGUUUGUGUUUUAAGCACAUUGUUUUUGCAUUAAUCAUUGAUGAACUGACUAAAGCUACUUGAAUAUUUGACUGAAUUAUGUCUUUGCCAGGGAUGUUGAUUUAUGAUCCACAUAAGGGGGUAACUUGAUAACUCUUAAGUAUGUAACACUAUUUCCUGUAAAGCUGCCUAAAACAUAUCCUUGUUUAUAAGAAAAAGGAUGUUAUUUGAAUUUAUUUUGACUAGGUAUGCACCAAUAAAACUGAAAGAGUGGAAUGGAAACAAGAAUGCGCAUAAAGAGGAACCCAGUAUAAAACAAAAUUGAGUACAGCCCUGAUCAAUUUCACUAAAAUGUUAAGUAUUUACAAAUCCUGUCCAUUUAAUACAUUUUUGUUUUUAGCCAAAGCCAAGCAUAAUUAAGUAAAUUAAUUAGAAAAAGACGAAAGUUUGACUAAUUUAUAUCAUUAACUGUCCAUAUUAAAGAUUCAACUACAACAAAAGUCUGUACACCCUUCAUUGGUGAGAUUCCAUUGUUUUAUUCUUUAUUUUGAUGACAGAUUCGGUCCUCCUGGGCAUGGAUGAUUCCAGUCUUGCACAAAUCUGUGGAGAGAUGUUCUACCAUUCUUCAAAGAUGAUUCUAUUCAGCUGUUCUUUGGUG